AACGAUAGUUAAAAAUCAAUGACCGGAUGUUGCAAAAGUUGACUAGAAAUUCUGACAACUGCAUGACAUUUGCAUGUCAAUCAAUCUAACUAAUCCCAGUUGCAUUGUUUUCAAUUGCCUUCGGCCUUACAUUCGCCAUAUAAAGGAGAAGUGAUCAAAUAAAUUUUCAAAUUCAAACAGUUUGUUAUUGAAAAUUGAAAUACGUUUCAAGUUUGAAGUGUAACAAGAAAAUGUUCAAAGUCAGUGCAUUUUUAAUAAUUUUUUAUAUAUCUAGUCUCAGUUUAAAAGGGUUUCAAGCGAUGGUCAUUACAAAGAAAACCUGGACAUAUGAGUUAUUGUCCUGCACCCUCGAAUCUGAGGAUCCUGAUAAAUUUAACGGUGAAAUAAAAGUAAAGCACCUAACGCGCACAGAUUUAGCUAUAACAGGAUUUGCUGAGCUGAACUAUGAUAUAGCGGAGGGUGACGAUAACACCAUAGAAGUUUUGGCCUACCGUAGUUCAACUGGAAGUGAGAGUGAUUAUCAACUACUACCAUACAGUGUCCCGCGUCAAAGUAUCAUUAAGUUUUUAAAUGAACUUUAUAAGGACAUGAUUAUGAAAUCGUUAUCAGAAUGUUCCAAUUUGCCAGUCUUUACCGACAAAUUUGCGGGACCUGUUGAAAAGAAACGAUACGAACUGGAUAAUUGCAGUUUUUCCGAUGAAGCAUUUCCUAAUCAUUUGCCAGAAGGCUUUUAUAGAAUAAAAGCCCAAAUUGAGGGAGAAGUUCAAUGGUCGGUCGUCGUUAAUGUACAAGUUAUGAAAAAAGAUAUAUAAAAUAUUAAAGGAACAAUUGUGCAAUAAAUUGUUCUCAUUCCACGAAUAUAUUAAAUUAAUAUUUUCUUACAGAAAAUUAUAUGAAAUUUUUCAUAAAAAGAUAUUUUGGGAUUUUUAAGUUAAACGAACAAAGGAGAAAUAUUUCAUUCCUAGAAUAUUGCGAAAGUAAAUAGCUCUCUCUGCAAACACGCCUGGGUGACCGAGUACACAAAAGUCUCGACUAGUAACCCAAUGGUCGUGAGUUCAAAUCUCAAGUGCGGUAGAGUUUUUCAA